AUGGCUGCAACGGGUGACAAGGUCCUGGUUCCACCCCUCAAUUUCGCAAUGGUAGAACCAAAUAUUUAUCGAUCUGGAUACCCAAACAAAAAAAACUUUCCAUUCUUGCUAAAGCUAGGACUCAAGUCUGUCAUGUACAUAUGUGAAGAUGAUUAUACACAAGAAACUUUGGAUUUUUGGAGGAUAAACAACGUUUGUGUGUUCCACAUGAGAAUUGCUGGCAACAAAGAACCAUUUGGCGAGAUUGAGCAAAAGGAUAUUGCAGAUGCGCUUUUAAAAGUACUCGAUGAGAAAAACCAACCAAUUCUCCUACAUUGCAACAAGGGUAAACACCGAGUAGGAUGUCUGAUUGGAUGUUUAAGGAAGCUUCAAAAGUGGUCUAUGGCAUCCAUAUUUGACGAAUACCGGCGCUUUGCAGGCACCAAGACACAUAUUGCCGAUCAAGAGUUUAUUGAAGUAUUUGAUUCCAAUACUGUAGCACAUUUACUUUCUAUUGAAUCUCAAAAAGCUUGA